AUGCACAACAACAAUGCAGUGAACAAGCGUCCCAUGAAAGCUGAGGCUACGCUGAUGAACCCUCAGGACAACAUCAUUGCUCUCAAAGCAGCAUCAGAAGGACAACCAGGGCAUUUUGUGCAGAUCUUCAAUCUUGACACAAAGGAAAAGCUUGGGGUGUAUCAGUGCCCAGAGCAGAUUGUCUUCUGGCGUUGGUUGGCGCCCAGAAUGUUGGCACUGGUGUGCGCUCAGGAUGUCUACCAUUGGAACCUGGCCACAGCAAACAGCCAGCCGGAGAAGAUCUUUCAGCGUGCCGGCAAAUUGGCCGAAGCUGGCACCCAGAUUAUUAACUACUCCGCGAAUAGCCAGGUGUCUUGGUGCCUUUUGACAGGGAUCUCCUCACAGGACCAGGGAAGGACGAUUGAUGGCAAUAUGCAGCUUUACAGUGUAGAACGCAAGCAACAACAGCUCCUUGAGGGCCACGCAGGCUGCUUCGGGAACGUCUACGUUGACGAUGGUGGCGUGAGAUGUGGAGUUUUUGCAUUCCAAGAAAGGAAGGCUGGCCAGCCGGGAACGAAGCUGCACAUCAUGGACAUCCUCAAGAACCGUGGUGAGUCCGCACCACCCUUCAAGGUGCAGCAAGAAAUCGCCAUGCCUCCUGAAGCGCCCACGGACUUUGCAGUGGGCCUUCACCUGAGCGAAAAGCAUGGUGUCAUCUUCAUGGUGACAAAGGCUGGAUUCCUCUUCAUGUUCGACAUCGGCACAGGCACCAUGCUAGUCCGCUCCAGGGUGUCCCAGGAGACAGUCUUCAUUACUGUUGGUAGUGCCUUAAGUGGUGGCAUCAUCUUUGUGAACAAGCGGGGCGCGGUGAUGAGCGCCAAGGUGAACGAGGCUGCCAUCGUAAACUACAUCAUUAACCAGCUGGUGCAGAUUCCCAAUCGCCAGGACAUCGCCUUCAACAUGGCCAAGCGCUUUGGUCUUCCGGGCGCCGACGAGUUGUUCCAGCGGCAAUUCAACCAACUCUUCGCCUCUGGCGAUUACAAAGGUGCUGCCUUGAUUGCAGCACAGUGCAAGAGCGGCCUUUUGCGCACCCCGCAGACGAUCCAGCAGUUCAAGAGCGUGCAGGCUCCACCUGGACAGUCCUCACCGAUUUUGCACUACUUUUCCACCCUGUUGGAACAUAACAAGUUGAAUGCCUUGGAGUCCGUGGAGUUGGUGCGGCCGGUCGUGCAGCAAGGCCGGCGUGAGCUCAUUGAGAAGUGGCUUAAGGAAGACAAGCUGGAGUGCACUGAAGAAUUGGGCGACAUUGUGCGACCACUGGAGACCAAGUUCGCGCUGUCCAUCUACUUGAGAGCUCAGAUUCACCAGAAGGUGAUUCAAUGCUUCGUGGAGCUGGGCCAGAUCGAUCAGAUUGUCGCGUAUGUCAAGAGAGUUGGCUACCAGGCGGACUACACUCAGCUGCUUCAAAACAUGGUGGCCUCCAAUCCAGAGGGUGCGACGAACUUCGCGAAGAGCCUCCUGGAGGGCCAGAACGGCGUGCCACUCAUCGAUAUCAAUCAGGUUGUGAAGGUCUUCAUGGACCAGAACAGGUUGCAGGAGACCACGUCUAUCCUGCUCGAUGCUCUCAAGGCCAACAAGCCAGACCAAGCCCAUUUGCAGACGCAGCUGCUGGCCAUGAACCUUCAGCAGGCACCAAAGGUGGCCGAGGCCAUCCUGCAGAUGAACAUGUUCACCCACUACGACCGGGCUUACAUCGGCCAGCUUUGCGAGAAAGCCGGUCUCAUGCAAUGGGCCAUGGAACACUACACUGAUGGAGCUGAUUUGAAGCGUGUCAUGAUGCAUGCACAUCAGAUGACGCCAGAGUUCUUGAUUCAGUACUUUUCGCGCUUGUCGCCGGAGACUGCCCUCGAGUGCCUCACGGAUUUGAUGCGACACAAUCGCCAGAACCUGCAGGUGGCAGUCAAGGUGGCUAUCCAGUAUCACGAGCAGAUUGGUGCGGUGAAGAUCGUGGAGAUGUUUGAAAGCUUUGGCUCCAAUGAAGGCAUUUUCUACUUCCUCGGUGCGAUUUUGAACACCAGCACCGACCCUGACGUGCAUUUCAAAUAUAUCCAGGCAGCUAGCCGAGUGGGCAACAUGCAGGAGGUUGAGCGAGUCUGCCGCGAGUCCCAAGUUUAUGACCCAACCGCGGUGAAAAACUUCCUCAAGGAGGCCAAGUUGCCAGACCCUCGACCCUUGAUCUAUGUCUGCGACCUGCAUGACUUCGUGGAGGAGCUGACAGACUACCUUUACAAGAACUCACUGAUGAAGUACAUCGAGGUCUACGUGGUGAAGGUGAACCCUUUGAAGUGCCCACAGGUGAUUGGAAGCCUCAUUGACUUGGAUUGCUCCGAAGACUUCAUCAAGACCCUGCUGCAGAAUGUUCGCGCUGCCUGCCCAGCGGAGCCAUUGGUGGAGCAGAUUGAGAAGAGGAACCGCCUGCGGCUGUUGUUGCCAUGGCUUGAGGCGCGUGUGGCAGAGGGCAACCAGGAUCCUCACCUGCACAACGCCAUGGCGAAGAUUCUCAUCGACACCAAUCGUGAUCCGGAGAACUUCUUGAAGACCAAUGCAUUCUACGACUCCAAGAUCGUGGGCAAGUACUGUGAGGAUCGUGACCCGCACCUGGCCUACACAGCCUACAAGCGUGCUUGGGGCUCCUGUGAUGAGCAACUGGUGGACGUCACCAACCGCAACGGCCUCUUCCGUCUGCAAGCCAGGUAUUUGGUGGAGCGCCAAAGCCCAGACCUUUGGGCCUUGGUUCUGACGCCUGACAACCAGGCUGAGAGAUCAACUUGCCACCUAGAUCAUUCACGUGUGGAGGCCAUCGCUACUAGGGUGGAGUACCGGCGCAAUGUCAUCGACCAAGUGGUGAGCACAGCCUUGCCGGAGUCCACCAAUGCAGAUGAGGUCUCGGCGACUGUGAAAGCAUUCAUUAGCGCGGAUCUGCCCACUGAACUGAUCGAGCUGUUGGAAAAGAUUGUCCUCCAUAACUCAGACUUCAGUAAGAACCGGAACUUGCAGAACUUGUUGGUUCUCACGGCUAUCAAAGCCGACAAGGCCCGGGUCAUGGACUACAUCAACCGUUUGGACAACUACGAUGGCCCAGAGAUUGCAAAGAUUGCAUUGGGCGAUCCGUAUGGCCUGUACGAGGAGGCCUUCCUCAUCUACAAGAAGUGUGGGCAAAAUGCCGAAGCCAUGGAUGUGCUGCUGGAGAACAUCAACUCCUUGGAGAGGGCGCAAGAGUUUGCCGCACGAAUCAAUGACAAGACUGUUUGGUACAAAUUGGGCAAAGCACAGCUGGAAACUGGCGGUGUGCCAGAGUCUGUGGACUCCUACUUGAAGUCAGAAGAUGCGACUGACUACCUGGAAGUGAUCCAGGCUGCAGAGCGUGAGGAGAACUACGAGGAGCUGGUGAGAUAUCUGAUGAUGGCCCGGACAAAGGUGAAGGAUUCACAGAUUGAUGGUGAGCUGGUGUACGCGUAUGCGAAGACGGAGCGCCUGGGCGAAAUGGAAGAGUUUAUCAGUGGCACCAACACGGCCAACAUCCAAGCAGUGGGCGAUCGUCUUUAUGAUGAGAAAUUCUACAAGGCAGCCAAGAUCCUGUAUGCCUCCAUCCCGAACAAUGGGCGCUUGGCCUCAUGCCAUGUGCAGCUGGGAGAGUACACACAGGCUGUUGAGGCAGCGAAGAAGGCAAACAAUCCGAAGACUUGGCAGGAGGUGAACCUGGCCUGUGUCAAGGCGGAGCAGUUCCGCUGUGCAGAGAUUGCGGGUCAGCACAUCAUCGUUCACCCGGAUCACCUGGAGGAGGUCAUCUCGCAGUACGAGAAGCAGGGAUGCUUCGAUGCCUUAAUGCAGCUGCUGGAGUCCGGCCUGGGCAACGAGCGUGCCCAUGUUGGUAUGUACACUGAGCUGGCAACGAUGUAUGCGAAGUACAAGCCAAAGAUGCUGAUGGACUUCAUCAAGAUGAACGUGCAGAAGUUGAACAUUCCCAAGUUGAUCCAUGCCUGCGAAAGGCACUAUCACUGGGAACAUGCCGUGUUCCUCUACACGCACUAUGACGAGUACGACCAAGCAGCGAACACGAUGAUGGCUCACAGCCCAAUUGCCUUUGCUCAUGACCAGUUCCUGAUGAUCAUGCAGAAGGUGUCGAAUAUGGAGUUGUACUACCGUGCAGUCCAAUUCUACUUGGAUGAGCAGCCACUGCAGUUGAACUCCCUAUUGAGCACCAUCACUCCAAAGGUGGAUCAUGCACGAGUGGUCCAGCAGGUGAAGAAAGCGGGCCAGUUGCCGCUGAUCAUGCCCUACAUGAAGCAGGCCAGUUGGCCUGAUGUCCAAUCCUUGGAGGCCAUCAAUGACAUCUACGUGGAUGGCGAACAGUACGAGGAGCUGAGCUGCACCGCCUGGCACUCCCCUGCAGAGCUCCCGAGCGGAAUUCCUGCAGAGCUUCCGCUGGGCAACUCGAGGGAGAGGAGAUGCUGGGAGGGCUGCACGGCCAACAGAAAUUUGUUGCAUCCACAGGUCUUCCUUUGUGUGCUGGAUGCAUUGAUGCUGAUUAUCCGCGACUGCCUGUCGGUCGCAGAUUUGGCAUCUGCACUCACAGCUCACCUGAGACAUGCUGAUGAGGAGGCAGAGAAAAAGCUAGAAGGCUGGUCGAUGCACGAGCAAGGUCGGCUCCAGUACUUCUACAAUGCCUCUACGGGCGAAAGCUGCUGGGAAAACCCCGCCGACUUCGCUCAACAUGAGCUUCAUGCACAAUAUUGGUUGCUGGGCAGAUUCGUCCAGCACUUCUAUGGUGACAUGGCCUUGAGCGGAGAAGGCCGGAGCUUCCUCACGGCACUGGGGGAACGGGUGAACGUGCCCGACGAGGUGAAAGACUACGCUGCAUGGAUCCAGGCAUCUGUUGCGAGUAGCUCUCCUGUGGCGCAAGUGCCCACCCCGCAGCGCCGUACCCGCCCACCCCUACCACCCCUCACUGCCUUGCCCUUGAAAGCCGACGCUGAUCCGUUGGAGCCGCACUUGGCAUUCCUGGUGCGUGCCCCUUCAGUGGAUCCGAGCCCCGAGGUGCGUUUCAAACGUGCACAAUCCAGUGGCCAACUCGAGCGAAGGAAGCGGACGCAUCCGCCAUUGACCAAAUAUCCUCUCCGGCGGUCACUGAUGAUUUGGAAGCCUGUUGCUGAAGAGGACCUGCGCAGCGGACAGCUCCAGGCGCGGCGUGCACAGACAGGGCCCUUCUGA